CUCCCGCGGUCGCCCCGAGGGGUCACGUGAGACGCUGCUUGUCCGUGCGCAUGCUCGGCGCCCGGCAUAUAAAGACCCGCGCGGCCCCGCCGCUCGGGACUCCGGAUGUUGUGCAGCCCGGCGCCGCUCUCUUCUUCCGAGUUCUUGCUCCUUUCCCUUCUCGCCGCUCGGCCCCCCUCCCCCCGUGUCCGCGUCUCUCCCGGUCCCGCUCGGGGGCUCUCCGGACUGGCGUCCGCCGCCCGCGGCCCGUUCCCGCCGCCCCUUCUCUGCGCCUGCCCCGGGCCGGCUCGCCCUGGGGGUCUCUCCGGGGGCGCUGUCCUCUGGCCGGCUGCGCCAGCCUGGUCCCGAGCGGGCGGUCUCUGGGGCGCCGUCGCGGGAGCGUGCCCGGCCCCGGGGGCCGCGGGCCGCGCGCGGGGUUCUACUGCCGAAGCGCGAAGCUUCCUUUUCUUCCAGGCACCAUGGAAGCAAGACCCUCAUGUUGCUCCACUACCACCUUGUUCCAUCAGGAAGGAGUGGGGGGGAUCACAUACCGGAUCCCAGCACUGCUCUACAUCCCACCAGCCCGGGUCUUGCUGGCCUUUGCAGAGAAGCGUUCCACAGCGGAUGAUACAGAUGCACUUUAUCUGGUGCUGCGACGAGGAGAGAAGGUGGACCAUUCUGUGCAGUGGGGGCCUCAGGAGUCCCUGAUGGCAGCCACGCUCCCUGGAUUCCGCACCAUGAACCCCUGUCCUGUGUGGGAGCGCAAGAGUGGGCGUGUCUUUCUGUUUUUCAUUUGUGUGCGUAAGCACGUCACGGAGCAGCGGCAGAUUUGUUCAGGGAAGAACGCCGCCCGCCUGUGCUUUGUCUCCAGCUCAGACCACGGGCGUUCUUGGAGCCCAAUCAAGGACUUGACCGAGGAGGUGAUUGGAGAGGAGGUGGAGCACUGGGCUACGUUUGCGGUGGGCCCUGGCCACGGGGUGCAGCUCCAGUCUGGGAGGCUGGUCAUCCCUGCCUAUGCCUACCACUUUUCCCGCUGGCACUGCCUGGGCAUCUUCUUCCGAUCUAGAGCCAGGCCCCAUUCGCUGAUGUUUUACAGUGAUGACAGGGGGGCCACCUGGAAACACGGGCAGCUCCUCCAGCCAGGGGUGACCAUCGAAUGUCAGGUAGCAGAGGUGAUGAGUUUGAACAGCCUUCCUGUGUUAUAUUGCAGUGCCCGGACCUCUGGUAGGUGUCGGGCCGAAGCGAUCAGCACAGACCUGGGGGAGCACUUUGAGAAAUCUUCCUUCGUCCGGGAGCUAUGUGAGCCCCCCCACGGUUGCCAGGGAAGUGUCAUGAGCUUCAGGCCCAGGAGGAGCCUUUUGCAAGAAGAGGCCCCAGCCUUCUUCAGCCACCCAGAAUCACUGGUCAGCGCCCUUGAACCAGAGUCGAGCUGCAGCCCUCCAACCUCAUGGCUCGUCUACUCACACCCAACGAGCAGGAGAUGUAGGCGCAACCUCGGCAUCCAUGUCAACCGGGCUCCUCUGGAGGCUGCUCAGUGGUCCCAGCCCUGGGUCCUCCACAGGGGGCCCAGUGCUUACUCUGACCUGAUUGCCCUCGAGGAAGGCUUGUUUGGGUGCUUGUUCGAGUGUGGGGAGAAGUGUGAGUAUGAACAGAUCGCCUUCUGUCUGUUCACAGACCAAGAGCUCCUGAGUCACACUCGGGAGAAGUGCUCAGGCCCAGGGAAGGCCGGCCUCUCCAAUGUCCGGUAGCUUCGGUCCCCACUCCCUGGGGGAGAGAUGUGGAAGCCUCAGCUGCCCCUCUCUCCUCCAGCAUUUAUGAGCCUUAAUGUUUAUCAGCAUUAUCUCAGUUGGCCCUCACAGCAUCCCCACCCACUAGUUGCUGCUAUUCUCCUUCCCAUUUUACCCGUGAGGAAACUGAGGCAAGCCGCAGGUUAAGUGCAUUGCCUCUGGUCAUGUGGGUUUUAAGUCUCUGAGGGUCUUGCUGACCCCAGGAUCAGGGCUCCGCUCCACCCUCCCCAGCUGCUUCUGGGGAGAGUCACAAGUGCCAUGGAGGCCUGACCCCCGGGCUGCUUCUCCUGUGGCUGGCCUGCUUCACGCCUUUUACUCCUUGUAUGCCAUCCCCUCUCCAAGGAGUGGAAGGAACUGCUGGCAGGCUGCCUAGAUCUGGAGCUGUGGGAAGUGUCUGCGUAGGGCGUCAGGACGGCCAUCCCUGUGCAGCCCUGUGUCCGCUACCGCGUGCCAGACAGGAGCAAACACUGACGGCAUGGGAAGGAAAGGAGCGGGCGAGCUGGACUCUGAAGUGCUAGGGAGAAGCGGGCGCCUGGACCCCAGCCAUGAGCUCCUGUGUCCUCAGUGUUCAGAUAUAGAGAGACCUGAGGCCUCACACCCUCUUCUGUGCCAGGCACUGUGUCAGGAAAGGCAACAACGGCUCUCAGGCAGCUUGCAGGAAGGCAGCAAAUGCACCUGGGCCCGGACAGGCCACAGGCACAGCACGCUGGAGCUAUCACAGAAGGAAGUGGGACUGGGGGAGGCUUCCUGGGGAAGAAGAAGUGUCGCCAAGACUUGAUGACAGAAAGAGAGAAGUAGGGAGAGAAUUUCAGGCCUGAGGCAGUCAGGGACGGGGGACAGAGUCAGGGACGGGGGGCAGAGUCAGGGAUGGCGCAUCUCAUGGAAGAACAGCAAGAAGGCGAGUCUCCCUGGAGUGGGUGGAGGGAGGCAAGUGUGGACAGCUCAGGAAGUCCAGGAGAACCUCGAAGAGGAAAAGCUUGGAACCCCUUGAGCACAACUGCAGGAUCAGCUGGGAUGGGGAGAGAACUGAGAAACGAGCUUUCACUCACAUUGCUGUGUGAGAGGGGACGGGAGCCUGGUCAGGGCUGCAGCAGUGUUGGGCCAGAAACAUGGCCGGGUCAGAGCUGACAGGACUUGGCAACAGAUGGGAUAUGAGCAGUGAGAGAUGGAGAGACAGCAGGGACAGUUUUUCAGGCAGGGUCUCUUAGCUGAGUACUGCCAGGCAAGUCCCUGAUCUCCCUCCCCUAUAAAAUGAUUUGAGUCUCUUCUGUGAAGAUCAAUAAAGGAAACACAGGGAGCCCCAUUCUGUAACUUUCCUUUGUUCUCAAAAAUCAUGUUCCAAGACCACUGUCUUACUCCUUUGAGCCCCCUUCUUAAUCUCUGCAGCUUUUUUUCAAGCUUCCCUUUAUCCCUCAGAAACUCUUCCCCUAAUUAGGGAGAAGGCAGGAACCUCAUCAUCACAGUGACCUCCUUCCUAACUCAUCCCUUUGGCGCCGGGAUUGCCUUGAGAGAGGGCAACUUAUGGAGAGAAUUCCAUUUUGCAACUAAUUCAGAUCAAGGACAGCUAGGUGGCAUGGGGAAUAGAGAGCCAGGCCUGGAGUCAGGAAGGCCCGAGUUUGAAAGCUGUCUUAGACACUAACAAGCUGUAUGACCCUGGGUAGGUCACUUAAUCGUUUGCCUCUGUUUCCCCAUCUGUAAAAUUACCUGGAGAAGGAAAUGGCAAGCCACUCCAUUAUCCUUGCCAAGAGAACUCCUAAUGGGGUUACAGACAGUUGGACAGGACUCAAUAGCAGCAACUUAUCAAGGGUUCUUCACUGGAUAUUGAAAAGGAAGAGAAAAGGAAGACUGAAAAAAUGCCAUCUUUGAGAAAGCUGUAGAUAAUAACAGUGAUAAUAGGUGAUAUUUCUGUGCUGAUCUACAUACUGUGUGCUGUUAAAUGUUUUUUGCUUAUUUUCUCCCCCAGAUGUCAGUUAGGUAGGACAAGUAUCACAUUUGACAGACAAGGAGAUUUGAGUUUCCAAGAGAGGAAGUGGCAGAUCUAGGACUCUCACCCCCAUCUUUUUAUCCAUGUUUGGCUCCCUUUCGACUGUGCCAUAAUUCUCUCAAGUUUUCCCCCAUUUCCACGUCUAGGUAGGCAGGGCAAGGAUCACCACCUCCAUUUCACAUGUUGGGAAAUCUAGCUGAGAGGUUUCAGAACUAGGAUUUGACCUCAGAUUUUUUGAGUCCUUAGUAUGGCCAGACUGUCUUUCAGUGCCAUGAGUCCUGUUAACCCUUUGUGGACAAGACUUGGUAAAUAAGCUCCUUUUGUAAUGUUGCUGUGCUCUGGCUCCUUUCUAAUCCUGCUGUUAUUGCCUGGGAUCUACAUCCGACAAUUAAGUGAUGUUCCUUAUCUAGUCCUUUGACCUGGUUCCACUGAGUCUCUGGCGACAGCUGGGAUCCCAGCUUGGAUUUGGCCAUUUUUUGGAAUGUCACCCUAGGGUUUCCCAUUCACACAACCCAUGCAGACCAGAAAGGGAUACAAUACAGCUUUGGCUCUGGAUGCCCCUGGCCCCAUUGCACUGACCCAGAUGAGCUUUACUGGUAGUUUUUAAGAGGGAUGUGAAUCAGGCCUUAAUUUACCGGCCCAGUGGAGCCUUGCCCCAAAAUAUCUUCUUCCUUCCCAUCUUGCCCCUGACCUAAAAUCCCACCAUGAAAAAUUAGCUAAACAUUGGUGAUACUUAUCACGUGCCAAGCAUUCUCCUAAGAAUGCACAGAAAACCUCCGCAGUUCUGGCCUUGGAGAAGCUUGCAGUCGUUACUUCUGCUCCCAAAGGCAAGUCUUCAAGAGGGCCUUGUAAGGCUUCAGGUGGCUCUCCGCGGGGCCUGGGUUUGGGUUAUUUCUUUGUUUUUCUGUAUCGCCGGCACAGUCUAUUCUGCACCUUCACCCUUAAGAGACUUGCCUUGACAAAGGGUUGGAAUACAAGAUGUCUCCCAUCCUCUCCAGCUCUGGUCUUCCCCACCCCCCGGGGCCUGUCCCCCCAGGCAGGUCUGCACAUGCUGGUGUCCUGGUCUAGCUGGAGCCAGAACUAAGGCUUGGGAUACCCCUUUAAACCAAGAAGGCUCAACUUGAACCUAAUUCAGAGACAGCCAGAUGACCCAAAGGGUGGAGUGCUGGGUCUGGAGACAAGGACCCGAGUUCAAAUCCAGCCUCAGAUAGAGGCUCUGUGACUGGGCAAGUGACAACUUCUGUUUGCCUCAGUUUUCUCACCCGUGAAAUGGAGGUAAUAACAGCACCUACCUUGCAUGGUUUGUGAGGACUCACUGAGACUCUUUGUAAAGUGCUUGGCACAGUGCCUGACGUGGUAGAUACUUAAUAAGUGUCCCGGCGAUUCCCCAUAUUACUAGAAAGAAGACCAGAAUUGAAGAAGCUGGAGGUGCUUUGUGUAAGGACGGCCUCUCCGCAGAGACUGAUGGGGCCUCCUGCUGCAUGGACUGAAGGAUGCUGACCGACCUCCUUUUCCUACCUCUGCCCCAGUGGUGCUCCUGUGCCUGGGAGCCUUGCUUUAGGCCUUUUCUUGUGUGAGUUAAAAUGUGCUGUAAUAAAGAUUUAAACUUUAA